AAAGAUAACACACGACACCCACAUUUAUGUUUAGAUCUUAAUAGGAAUCUUAAUUCGGUAAACAUGUAAUAAAAAUACAAUGGCUAGCGUAAACGAUUAUUUUGAUCGAUAGUGGUCUCCUAUACCAAGGUCAUUGCGCUGUUCAAGCAUUGGCUUAAAAUCAGCUGUUUACACCUUCCUGUUUUAUCUGAAUCUUAAGAAAGGUACUUAACGCUCUUUGUUAAGCUAAGAUGUACACACCUAAUAGUUAUUAAAUUUAUAAGGACUGGAUGUGAUGUAACACUAGCUUAUCAUGUGAAUUCAUUGUACAGUUUUCCAGUUUAGAACGUGAAUUUGUAGUUCAGUAGAGGUCAAUAUGCCGGAGUCACGCACAGAAGAGGAAGACACAGAAUGCGACUCAGACGUUCCCCUACCCCCAGAUGGUGGAUGGGGAUGGGUUGUAACUUUUUCGUCAUUUAUGAUUAGUUUCCUGGUUGAUGGAGUAUGUUUCACAUUUGGGUUGUUUCUGCCGUCCUUUUUGGAUCAUUUUGGUGGCAGUAGGGGGAAGACAGCUCUAAUUGGAUCUGUGAUGAACGGAAUGUACCUAUCAUUUGGUCCAAUUUCAAGUGCAUUUGUAAAUAAAUUUGGAGCACGGAAAGUAGCCGUAUUUGGCAGUUUUAUGGCAGCAGCUGGUUUGUUUCUUUGUACGUUUUCUACAAACUUGGAUUUAAUGAUUUUCUUGUAUGGUGGUGUUGCAGGAGCAGGUUUUGGUCUAGCUUACUUACCUGCUAUUAUCAUGGUAGGAUACUACUUUGAGAAAAAGAGGGCUUUUGCUACUGGGAUUGCUGUGUGUGGUUCUGGGAUAGGGGGCUUUGUCUUUGCUCCUUUAUGUGUUUAUUUAAUCAACGAAUAUUCAUGGCAGGGUGCUUUAUGGAUAAUUUCUGGUAUUGUUUUAAAUGGUGUACUAUUUUGUUGCUUUUAUCGACCUUUACCAAAACGGCGUCGGACAACAUUAAAAGACACCAGUGAAACUAUAAACGGCAAAUGUGCAAAUGGACACACGGAUCCGCUUUUGCAAAAGAUUAAAAUAGAGUUAGAAGUGCCAAAUCCAAUUUACAGGUGUAAAUCACAAGAAAUUAAAGUAGGUCAGAACGGUGAUCUAGGAAACAAUGUAGGGCGUUUAGCAAGGAGUCAAGACAUAUGUGGUGCACAAAAACUACAUGUACAUCAUAGACAUGUAGAUAAUCUAAAUCCACUAGCUAGAAAAGAUAUAUUCUAUAGUGGUAGUUUACAUCACAUUCCAGAAUAUACGGAGUCUAAAGAUGAAUGUGAAUACGUGAAGAAAAUGACAAUCAAAGACAAAGAAAAGACGAAAGAAUCAAAUGCUUGUGUUCAAUUGUUAAAAUCUAUAUUGUUAUCGUUUGACUUUUCACUGCUGAAGAGUCCAACAUUUGUAGUAUACGGGAUUUCAUGUUUUCUGUGUAUGUUUGGUUUCUUCAUCCCAUUUAACUUUCUACCAGGUUAUGCGAAAGAAGUUGGACUAUCGCCUGGAGAACAGGCCUUGUUGAUAUCUUUAAUAGGUAUCGCAAACACCGUAGCUCGAUUAGCUGUAGGGUUUAUCUCCGAUAGACCAUGGGCAGAUUGUCUCCUUAUCAACAAUAUUGCUUUAAUCAUAGCCGGUGGAACAACUGCAUUUGUGCCAUUUUAUAGGUUAUAUGGAGUUUUAAUCACAUAUUCUAUUUUGUUUGGCUCUGGAAUAGCUGCAUUUGUAUCAUUACGUUCCAUUAUAAUGGUAGAACUGAUGGGUAUAGAGAAGUUAUCAAGUUCCUUUGGUUUGGUUGUCUUGUGUCAAGGCUUAUCAUCAUUCCUCGGUCCACCAGUCACAGGAUCAUUUGCAGACAAAUCUGGAGAUUACAGCAUAACAUUUUACAUGGCUGGUGUUUCUCUUGCACUGGCUGGAAUUAUAUGUAUACCACUGCGUCGAAUCUCAGCGUGGGAAAAAAACAAACAGAAAUUAGCAAAAAAAAAUGUGAUUGAAAAUGGGAAAAAUUAUGAAGAAAAGAUUCUGCUUGAAAAAAGUUGAUGGAAGUAAAGAAAAGAAAAAGCUAGUCAAAUUUGAAUCGUUACAUUUAAAUGGUUCUUCGUUGAUUUCUGGUGAAAGAAGUUUUUAGUCGAUAAGAUAUUAAAACUGUUUUUAGUUAUAUUUUUCAUCUAUAUACUGUUAUUUUUUAAAAGAACAGUUGAAUACUCGAAUAUUAAUAAAAACAGAGGACAAAAGACAGAAUGAUUUUUCUUAACCAUGUUAAAAUCUGAUAUUGCAAGCAGACAGACGUCACAUACUUAUUGUAUGCCAUAUCUUUAUAGUAUCUAUUAGUCUAAAAUAGUGUGUUUUUUGUUUUUAAUGUAAUUGUAAAAAGUCUUGGUUUUUGUGUAACAUACUGCUUCUAUUAUCGAUAAAUCAUCGGAUCAAUAUUAAUGUACAUGACUGGAUGGGAAGGCAUAUUGAGUCAAUGUACAAGACUUAAUAUCACGAAAGGUUGGCAAAAGAUCAAGUAAAAACUCA